AUUUUGUAGGAGAAAACAGAAAAGGGCAAAACAAGUGUAAACUAAAAAUAAUCAUCCUCUUCCAAUCCCAAAAAUUUCCCUCUCGGUUUCAGUCCCUUCCCUGAAUCUCCCUCCCUCUCGAUAAAACUUCAGUUCGAAUCCAUCCUCUUUUUUGUGUUCUUCGCGACUGAUUGCAUUGGAAUUCGUCAAGAUUCUCGUACUUUCUUAUCGCUUUGCAAUUAGAAAAAUAGUUUGUUUUGUUUUUGUGCUGUUUUAGUUUUUCUUUAUUCUUUUUUUCGUUCUGAUCUCCUCGAAAUUUUGUUCCCGGGUUUCUUCAAUCGAUUUCUGAUCGACUGAAUCCGGAGCGAGAAAGUUACUGCGUUUAGUGGUCGAUUAUUCAUUGUUAGACACUUAAGGAUAGAUUGGGGACUUGAUUUUGGUAUUAUUUUUGCGAGUCCGUUAGGGUUUUGCAUCUUUGCCGUAGAGAGAAUUGGUUAGACUAUAUUACAAACCUUAAUCGUUGCUUAUAAGCUUAUGUUGCGCUCCUCCGGGAUGCUAAUUUGACGAUGAAUCAAGGCGGCAAUACUGAAACCUUAGUUCCAGGGCAACCCAGUUCGCUCGAGAACCAACACGUUGGUGAUGGAAAUCAAUCGGUGGCGACAUCAACAUAUCUUCCUAUGACAUCUGCUCCAGAAGCCAUAACAUGGGCUAAUCACAAGGUGGAUGGCAGUUCCAAUGAGAAUGGGUUGCUCCCAAAUUCCACUUACCAAUAUAAUCAACAAGUGCUCCCACCUGCAAGAAAUGUGCAAGAUGGUCUAAACGUGUCUUCUGUUGCUUGUAGUUCAUCAAGUUUUGUGACAUCAAAUGCACCGCAAGAUUACAAUGCCUAUGCACAAUAUUCCAAUUCUACCGAUCCUUAUGGUUAUGCAAAUGCCGGUUACCAAGGUUACUAUAACAGCUAUCAGCAGCAACCCAACCAUUCUUAUUCACAGCCUGUAGGAGCAUAUCAAAACACAGGUGCUCCUUAUCAGCCCCUUUCCUCAUAUCAAAAUACAGGGUUUUAUGCUGGGUCUACAAGUUAUUCAACCACUUACUACAAUCCUGGUGAUUAUCAGACAGCUGGAGGUUACCCAACUAGCAGCUAUAGCAAUCAAACUACCUCAUGGAAUGGUGGCAAUUAUGGAAAUUAUGUUCCUAAUCAAUAUGCUCAGUACACAUCUGAUUCAAGUGGAGCUUACAGUUCCAGUUCUACAAAUGCAAAUUCUCUACAGUAUCAACAGCACUGCAAACAGUGGGCCGAUUACUACAGUCAAACAGAAGUUAGCUGUGCCCCUGGGACUGAAAAACUGUCCACUCCGGUUACUGCUAAUGCUGGGUAUCCGGUCCAUGGUUCAGCCAAUUAUCCUGCACCAAACAGCCAACCUCCACCUUCAUAUACUCCCUCAUGGAGACCAGAAUCUGGUUCAUCUGAACUGGUUUCUGCUCAGCCUGGUGCUGUAAGUAGUGAUAAUCAUGAUGGUUACUGGAAGCAUGGGGCUCCAAAUUCUCAAGUGCACCUUACUAAUGCUACUCAACCUCACUUUGAAAAGCCUCUAGAUUUAAAAAAUUCUUAUAAUAGCUUUCAGGAUCAACAGAAUAGUGCAGGUCCCCAGGGGCCCAAUUUACAAUAUCCAGCACAUUUGGCUCCCCAGAGCUAUCAAUUGCCCUCACAAUCUGUUCCACCUGUAGAAGCGAGAAGGACCAAGCUGCAGAUUCCAACAAACCCUAGGAUUGCUUCCAAUUUGAGCAUACUAAAAGCCAGUAAGGAUAGCUCCACAGCUGAUGCUGCUGUACAACCUGCUUACGUCAGUGUUUCAUUGCCGAAGCCAAAUGAAAAAGAAUUGUCCAAUGAUACUGCAGAGUCUGUCCUGAAGCCUGGAAUGUUCCCUAAAUCAUUGCGUGGUUAUGUUGAGAGGGCUUUGGCACGAUGUAAAGAUGAGAAGCUGAUGACAUCUUGUCAAUCAGUUCUAAAGGAGAUGAUCACGAAAGCAACUGCUGAUGGCACGCUUUAUACAAAAGACUGGGAUGUUGAACCUCUGUUUCCGUUGCCAAGUGCGGAUGCAGUUAAUACAGACAAUUUACAGGUUUCAACUCCUCUUUCUUCAUCGUCAAAGUCCAAGAGAAGCCCAAGCAGAAGAUCCAAGAGUAGAUGGGAGCCUUUACCAGUGGAAAAACCAGCUGAAGCACCUCCUCCUUAUAGUAAUGGUGCUGCUGAAAAAUAUGGUGGCUGGGCCAAUGUUAGCGAAAGGGACAAAAAGACUUUAUCUGGAAAUUCUGAGACAAAGGAUGUGAGCAAUUCGAGAUUUCCUCUCUGGGAUCAGAGAACUGUGGGCAAAAUUUCCCAAGGACCAGCAAAGAAGCAGCGAGUUGCUGAUGGGAGUGCACCAGAUAACGGUGGGGCAUCAAGUGAUAGUGAUAAGGAGCAAAGUUUGACUGCAUACUACUCUGGGGCCAUGGCACUCGCAAAUUCGCCUGAAGAGAAAAAGAAACGGGAAAACCGAUCCAAGCGUUUUGAAAAAGGGCAUGGCCAUCGGGGAGAAAAUAAUCUCUUCAAACCUAAAAAUGCUGGAAUUGGAAGCUUGUAUACUCGAAGGGCCAGCGCCUUAGUUAUUGGAAAAAGUUUAGAAGACGGUGGCUGCAGAGCUGUUGAAGACAUUGACUGGGAUGCUCUUACCAUUAAAGGGACUUGCCAGGAAAUUGAGAAACGUUAUCUCCGCCUUACUUCUGCUCCUGACCCAAGCAGUGUAAGACCUGAAGAAGUUCUGGAAAAAGCUCUCAAUAUGGUUCAAAUGUCUCAAAAGAACUAUCUAUAUAAAUGUGAUCAAUUAAAAUCCAUCCGUCAGGAUUUAACUGUACAGAGAAUUCGCAAUCAACUAACAGCCAAGGUAUACGAGACUCAUGGUCGAUUAGCCUUAGAAGUUGGUGACCUGCCCGAGUAUAAUCAGUGUCAAUCACAGCUAAAGACUCUGUAUGCUGAAGGAAUAGAGGGAUGUCACAUGGAAUUUGCUGCUUAUAACUUACUCUGUGCGAUCUUGCACUCUAACAACAAAAGAGAUCUUUUAUCAUUGAUGUCAAGGUUGUCAGAUCAAGCCAAAAAGGAUGUAGCUGUGAAUCAUGCUCUCGCAGUUAGUGCUGCUGUCACCUCUGGGAAUUAUGUCAAGUUCUUCAGACUGUAUAAAGCAGCUCCCAACCUAAAUGCAUGUCUGAUGGAUCUCUAUGCAGAAAAGAUGCGUUACAAGGCUGUAAAUUGCAUGUCCCGGUCUUAUCGCCCUUCUCUACCUGUUCCUUACAUUGCUCAAGUCUUGGGCUUUUCUUCUUCAUCGGGAGAUGAAGUUAGGGACAAGGACGUAGAUGGAGUGGAAGAAUGCACGGAAUGGUUGAAAGGGCAUGGAGCUUGCCUCAUAGCAGAUAAUAAUGGAGAGAUGCAGCUUGAUGCAAAAGCUUCAUCUACAACUCUCUAUAUGCCAGAGCCCGAUGAUGCGGUAGCUCAUGGAGAUGCAAAUCUUGCUGUGAACGACUUUUUUACACGAACAUCCUCAUAAAAGAAAAGAAAGUAUUUUCAUCUAGUUGUUCCUAGCUUGUAAGAGAAACUGGCCAAUUCUGUCCUCAAACAAGCUGAUGUACAAAACAACGGAUGCUUCAUAUUGACCGAACUUUCGGAGGAAGAUUACACUAUUCCCGUCUCCGGUCUGUAACAAUGUAGAAGAUGAACAGGUACAGUGUUAAGAUUUGAGUGAAACUAUCAAUCAAUAGAUGGCUUAAAUGGAAAGAGAGGAGCUAAGAACACAUUGUAGCAGAGAAUAGCAUUCUGUUCAGGAAAUCAUAACUGUUCAUUAUUUAUUGGUAUUACUUAGCAAAGAUGGAUAGAAAUAAAAGUAAAUUGUAUUUUAACAUUUGUAUUAGAAUCUUAUGUGAUUAGAAUUUUUGCUUUUACUUUUUUU